GCAGCUUUAGUUUAUCUUAAAUUGUGCAGAAGUUAUGUUACUUUAUCAUGCCUGCCACUGCCAAAUUGAUAUUCUCCCUUCCUCCACCCAAUUAUGUGUUUUAGCUCGAAUCACAGCUGCAGGCCAUUUAUGUCCUCAAAUGGAUAGUUAACCAUUUUUCCGUUGCACAUACAUAUUGCCUUGAGUCUCUUGUGGUCUAUUUACACAAGGGUUGCUAGUGUUUUCUGUUGAAAGCAUGGUCUCGCAGGAUGCUAAUGGCGCACCGGAGUGGCAACAACUAUAAACUCUUUGGAUUAUGAUCAGGGAUACAGCCCGAGUGCUAGCUGGCUCACUUUACUAUGGAAGAAGAAUAGAAGAUCCAUCACUACAGUUAUUUCUGGGGCACAAAAUUCAAAAUCAUGUAAUUUAAGAUUGUUGUGUGAAAUUUGCAUACAUUUUUUGUACUUGGGCAAAAGCUGUACAGUGAACCCUAGAUCUUUGCCCCUUCUCUUCCGAUUUCUGUCAUUUGGGUUGCUGCUGAAGGUGUUUGUUUUCAGGCUGAAGCUUGAGCUCAAAAACCAACCACUGCCCUUUUCUUCUUUGAAGCUGAAACAUCCAAUUACAGAGCCAAACUUCCUCUGAUGGAAGGCAAUGAAAAUAUGGCCAUAGGCCAACAAAUUCCUUCCUCUUCAGUCCAAGUUUCAGACCACCCCUUAAUACUGCCGGAUCUUCCCUUUCAAGUCAUCACUGAGAUUCUGGCAAGGCUACCUGUGAAGUCACUCAUGAGAUUCAAGUGCGUUUCAAAAUCAUGGCUUUCCUUAACGUUAAGCCCUCAUUUCAUCAAGCGUCACCUCAGUUUCAGUACAUCAAAGGACAGAGAACACUUGCUAUUUAUAGACUAUAAUUCUGGCAGGUUCAAACACUGUUCUCUUGCUUCUUUGUUGUAUGAACAGCCUAGUGAUGCAGUUGAAAUAGUUUGUCCCCAAUUGGAAUGCCGUGAUCAGUCAGUUCUCUUAGUGGGAUGUUGUAAUGGGUUGAUUUGCAUUUGCACUACUAGAGAAGGUUUCGUCUUAUGGAACCCAUCUACCAGAAAAUCAAAGACAUUGCCUGAUUUUAGUUUUGAAAAAACGAGUGAGCAUAAAUUCUAUGCUUCAUGUGGUUUUGGAUACGACGAGACUAACGAUGAUUAUAAAGUAGUGGCAGUAACCUGCUACUGUGCUGAAGAUUGGGAGCCCUUUGCUUCUGAGGUUAAAGUUUAUAGUACAAAAACUGAUACUUGGAGGAGAAUUGGGGAUUUUCCUGAUGGUUAUCCAAUGAGCGGAAGCGGAAACAGGUACUGUGGUACUUUUGCGGAGGGGAAGGUCCAUUGGGUAUUGAACAGAGCAUUUUGUCCAUAUGUUGUUUUUCUUGAUUUAGCUACAGAGACAUAUGGAUCUCUUGAUUUACCUGGAGAUGCGAUCAAAUCGAAUCGUGACAGUUUUGUAACAGACAUACAAACUGUUGGUGGGAGCCUUUAUUUCUUUUGCAGGAAUUAUGAGCAUGGUCUUGUAGAUCUCUGGGUUUUGAAGGAAUAUGGAGUUAUUGAAUCUUGGACAAAGGUGGUUUCUGCCUUGAGCUACGACAAGAGGCGUCUCCUGAGGUCUGUCUACACUAGGUCUGCGAGUAUUUAUGUUGAAAGCCUAGUUUCACCCGGUUCAGUUGAUGCAACAACUAUGAUGAGUGGACUACAGUUGAGGACACUUAAAGCCUCAACGAGCAGGACACAAGACUAAGAAUCUGAUCAUGGACUAUCAGGGCUUGAACUGUCGCCUGAAAUUUAAGCAUGGAGAAUGUAAUUGGGCAGCUGAUGUUUUGUCAUAGCAUGCUCUUGGUAGGUUGAUCCUUUGAUGAAGUUUGUGUCACUUUUGCAUGCCCACCUGCUUAUCUUUUGCCUAAUUUGCUUAAUGAUGUAUCAGACUUAAAACACCUACAACAGUGUAUUGUACACUUUGUGUUUACGUAAUGAACUCCUUGUUUGGUAGUAGUAUCCUCGUUACUGUAUUGGUUUAUCUCAACUUUUCUAGUUAUUCCGGUAUGGUCUUUUUCCUUUUGAUUC